GGGAAUCUGAGUCAUGACCAACGACCUAUUCGGAGAAGUGUAAGUGGGUUACAGCCGACUGCUUGUUGACGACGGUGGUGUAGGGACGCCCGCUUGGUAAAGGGACUUGGAGAUGGUUUACUAAAGUCUGAUAUGGAGGAGAAUGAUUCUCUGUGAGUGGGGAAUGAGAUAAUAGUCAUACCUUCAACAGUUGUAUUAAGAUGGAUACCAGCCCCUUCGCUACAGGUGAUGUUUCUUCGGAGUCAGACAGAGGACACGACACAUGUGAAGAUAUCGAUGGAACAUUGAACUGUAAGGACCCUCAGAGUUUAAGUACUGCUCCACAGGAAGGAGCACCAUCCUCUGACAAAGCGACAAACAGUGGCAGUGACCGACGUAUACAAGAAAUAACCAUGGCCUUGUCCCCAGAUAUAUCUGAAACAUCCGAUCAAGAGAUGGUGGCACGCCGACCAAUCAACAUCACAAACUGCCCAGGAGCAUUAGUUGGGAGGAACGUUCAGAAAAAUAUCCACUACCAUGCUCCAUUGCCUUCACCAAUAGAAGCAAUGAUAGAGAGAACUAAACAAAGCAUCCAGAACUUCGAUGAGCGGACACAUUUUGUAACAAGACCUUCAAAGAGAGCACUGGAUAUAGUCAAGAAGAAAGGAAAGGUUGUUGUGACGGCUAAGCCCAAACAGGGAAAAACAGCUAUGGCCAGGUAUAUUUCAAAGAUACUUACAGCUGACAAGAAGUUUACACCAGUGGAGAUGAUCAGCCCAGAUCAGUGGACGGAACUUGUCCCAGACAAAUACUACCUUGUCAUAGUUGAUGUAUUUGGUAGAAACACAGACAACUUUCAAUCACAGUGGAGUCAGGUGCUAAGGCAGAUCAACGAUCAAGUGGAAUGUGGUAAGAUCAUUCUUGUGAUGACAUGUGACAAUGUUAUUGCAAAGAAUCUUGGAAGACUAUUUGACAAAUCAUGCAUCAUUGACCUACAAACAGAUGAACAUAAACUGAGAAGGUUCGAAAAGGUAGAGAUUCUGGACAGACUUCUAAGAAAACAUGGAAUGAUUCUGCCGAAAAUGGCAGUGUUCGAUGCAUGUUCUGAAGGCCCCGCUGAUGAUUUCCUUGAAUGUUGUGAUUUCUUCAAUAGAAAUCUUGGUUUGGAUUUUUUCCGGGAUCCACAUGAAAUGGUCUCACUAAAAAUGAGUGAACUGUUUGAAUCACAUAAAACCAAAUACUGUGCAAUGGUUACAGAUGCUUUACGCUUGUGUUGUGGAAUGAAAGAUUACCAGAAUCUCAAAAGCGAGAUAGAAAAUUUGUGCUGCAUUGAAAAAGCCUCCCUUGGUGAAAGUCCAUUUGAAACCGGUGAUUUUUCUAAGCACAAGACCUAUUACAAAUGUGCUUUUCUGUCGAUGAAAAAUCUGGAUCUCUCCUGUAUGGUGAGAAUUUGCCCUUUUGAUAUUCUCGCUGAGCACACUACAACAAAAUCAGCGCAACAAAAUAACAAACUUCAUCUGCCAGUCGGAGUGCACGAAAUAUUGGCUUCUAGAAUUAAGGAGAACUUUGGAAUAAAUGUUACACAGACACUACGUCAUGACUGUUUCUCAGAUAGAAGGUUCCUGAAUGCUGUCGAUCCUGAAUUAUUUGUCAUGAUGUCAGAAAAUGCCACUGAGGUGAUGAAUUUGGCUAUAGAGUACCAGCAUACUGAACUGGUUGAGACGCUUCAUGGCCUGACACUUAUUAAACUCUCUGAAGAUUCGAAACAUGAGCUUUUACACAAGGCGUUUGACACAAUGAACACAGACGUUAUUGCUCUCCUGAUGGAUGAUUCAAGUGAACAGAUAUGUCAGAUUUGUGUUCACAAUAUUUGCAGUUCACUGGGCAAGGUGGCCCCUGGUUCAUUACCCAGGUCAUAUUUCAGGUUGUUAUCAAGCUUCUCCUUUGGUGACCUGAAGCCGUACAUCAAGAACUUGAUAAAAAGUGAGCACACAGACAUUAUUACAAAUUUGCUUCUUCAGCAAACUGCUGAUUACCAUGCCAUAAGAAACUAUGUAUUAUUUUGCUGUUGCAAGUAUGGCAGGAGAGACAUUUACCUCUCAACCAAGGAGAUGGACUUUGCACUUCCUGACCCGGAUGAUCUUUUGUCACAUGCAGUAGAAGGAGGCAAUAUUGACAUUGUGAAAGAUAUUUUAUCUAUGGGAGCGAACCCCAACAUCAACAGCCAUGGGACAUACAAACCUAUUCAUCUGGCAUGCAGAUUCAACCAUAUACCAGUAAUGGAAGAACUUCUACGAAAUGGAGCGGAUAUUAUGGCAUUAUCCACAUCGAAAGAGACAGUUCUGCAUGUAGCCAGCAAUGUCACAUCAGGAACCCAACCAGAAACUCUCCGGUGGCUAUUAAGAGAACAUUUGGGAAUGCUUAAUCUUGAAGCUGCAACUGAUGAUGGAUGGACUGCUUUACAUUAUGCUUCGUCAGCUGGGAACAUAGGCACCGCCAGGCUCUUGUUGAGCUAUCGUCCUAAUGUAUUGUGCUGUGACAAUGACGGAAACACUCCGCUCCACUGUCAGGUCAGCGGUGAAAAUCCAAGUACAGAAGUCAUUGAACUGCUGAUCAGUGCUGGCUCUGCUCCGGAUUGUAAGAACACAAGAGGGGAAACUCCACUACAGUUGAUUGCCAAACGACUGGUUCCACAGAGAUGUAUUGUGUUGCAAUAUCUCGCAGCAAAAGAACCAAAGCAAGUGAAUGUCAAAGAUGAGGAAGGCAAUUCUAUAUUCCACUCCCUUCUCGGCACGGACUGUUGCGUUGAAGAAGCUGAAGUACUGCUCGAAGCAGGUGCUGAUAUCAACCUUCCUGACAUGAAUGGGGACACUCCAUUCCAUUUGCUUGCUAUGAAGAAAUUUCCUGAUACCAUUGCAGCCAUCGUGGAUAAACGCACCACAGAAUCUCAGCAUGCUAGGAAUCGAGAUCAACAGACCCCUUUACACAAUGCUGUUUCUGUUGCACAAAACAUGGAAACUGUGGAAAGACUGGUUGAGGCCUAUCCUGAAUUCGUACUUGCAGCUGAUAGUAAUGGAAACACACCAGUUCACAUUAUUUGUGAGGAAUGCCCAGAGAAUGGAGAUCAGUACCUUGAUCUCAUGCAUAACCCUCAUGCAUGGAAGGCGCGAAAUGAACAGGACCUCACACCACUGCAUCUUGCUGCAGGAUCUCCCGGAGAUGCCUCACCAGCAAUUGUUGGAAUGCUUUUACGACAUCAAGCAGAUGUUGCUGCUUGUGAUAGAAAUGGAAACACCCCCUUACACAUGGCAAGUUUACUGAGUGGAAACCAUUCUGCAUUAAUCAUCCAGAUGCUCAUAGACAAGGGGGGUACAUUUGGUUUGAAUAAACAUGGCAACAGCCCCUUACACAUGGUAUGUCAAUCGAAAGGGGAGAGCAAAGCACAAGUAGCCUUCCUCUUGAUAGAUAAUGGGUCAAUGAUUGAGACACUGAACACAGACGGAAGGACACCAAUCGAGAUAGCUAUAUCUCGAAACGAAAUGGAAAUGGCAGAAACUCUCAUGAACCUAUUGAUUAGACAGGUGUGUACAUCAAAGAGUUACAAGGGAGAUGGCGUCAUUAGAGUCUGGAAAUACAUGAAAAGUGUAAAUCAUAGCCAUGCAAAGAGGCUGCUACACAGUGUUUGCGAAAUCCCUGAAGUCAGUACAAGUAAACUAAUACGAGGGCUUGCAGACGCUGGCUGCAGUGUCAAUGCAAAAGACGAUACUGGCAAAUCACCAUUGCAUGUGGCAUGUUUGCACGCAGGAAAGUAUUCUGUAGAUAUAGUAGAGGAGCUUGUCAGUCUUGGAGCAAAGAUUCACGACAAAGAUGUCAAUGGGAGAAAUGCUCUUCAUUUUGCAUGUAUGUCACAGAAUGAAAGGGCGAUUCGGACGCUUCAGUUUCUCAUCGAGAAGGAUGUGCAAUUAAACGAACCUGACGGGGAUGGCAACACGCCUCUUCACAAGGCCAUUGAGACCGCAGGGAAUCAUUGCUACGAUGCUGUGAUGACGCUUAUCAAUGCAGGGGCAUGCACAGAUGUACAAAACUGGUUUCAGCAAACACCGUACGAUUUGGUCCCACACUCGAAUGCAAAAAUAUGUCAGCUUUUAGUUGGUGAUAAAUUGUGGCAUAGAUGCAACGGCGAUAGGAAACUGCAGGAACAGACAGUGAGAAGUCUGAUAGAGCGAGGCGCAUCGGUGAAUUAUAGGCAUAAAACAGGCAAGACUUUGCUGCACAAGCUCGCUUUGGAAGGUGGAAAACAUGCUCUGGAAAACACCAAACUGCUCUUGUCUUUCGAUGCUGACCCGCACGCAACAUUCGAGAACCUGACACCAUAUGAUACUGCAAUUUUCAGUGAAAAUUAUGAACUCUUAAACGUGCUUGAAAAUAAGAUGAAAACUUCUAAACCACGUCCAAGCAAAACAGAAAAACCGAAAGAUGACUACACGAUUGAAGACGUCCUUCACCAUGUGGAGGGAAUUUAUGAAGGGACAGCCACGGCCAUGAAGAAAGCGGUAGACCACGUUGAACCUGGAAAUGAAAUGGUUUCUGGGGUUAUGCAGGGUACUGCACAAACCCUACAAAUAGGUACAAAGAUGGUCAAAGGUUUGAGCAAAGGUCUGGAGUUUUUUAAAAGUCUUGGGGAUGACCUGUGAAAAUACUGUCAACACGUAGAUAUGGUCGACAGGGGUUCUAGCUGAGAAUUAGGAUGAGCAAUACGUUGACAAAGACUAAGGAUAGGUUGAGUUCAAACAUCUUUUGUUGGUUCCACAAGACAUGACAAACAAGUAUACAAGAAUGAGGAGAGCGGAGUUCCAGCUCGACCCCAGGGCGUUUCCUACGAGCGGCAUUAUCCUGCUCUCAGUCGUCCCUACACAGACAGUCGGAAUACCGGACUCUUGACAAUAUCGAUGUGAGCAUAUGUACAGUUUUUGACAACAAUGGACAGGCGACGACUCAACAAUGGACAAUGGAUAGAGAAACAGUAGAACUUCCUUGGACCAGUUGAUGUGAUGACAGAGAGGUACAGGGUGGCAACCUGACAAGACAAUGUACACUGCGGAUUAAGACUGCAGAUCAGCGUCACAUAAAUAAUUAUAAUUAAAGGAGCAUACGAGUCAAUUGCAAUAAUUUGAUGGGUGAAUUUGAUAGCAAAUUUGGUCAAAUUGCCCCAGUGGGGUAGUCAAAAUGCCCCAGUUUAUUUAAAAAUUUAAAAUGAAUAAAUAU